UUCAGAGGUAACUCGAAUCUCGAUGUGGUUGAUUUGAAAUUGGAAUUGAUUUAUAAUUUGUUUAACGAAAAUGGAAAUUACGUUAAUUGCUUUUGUUGUUUUGAUGAGUAUUGCUGGAGGAAGUUUAUCGAUAGAAAACAAAAUUAGUGUCCAGAAUGACUGGAAAGAUAAAGAUGAACAAUUAGACAAGAUAAUGCACAGUGAAAAAAUUGUUAAAACAGAUGAAAAAUCAUUGAUGGAAUCAUCAAGCGAAGAAAAAGAAACUAGCUAUUGGAUCAAUGAUGCUGAAAAAACAUUGAAAAAAAAAUUGGAAAAUAAAAUAAAUACAAAUAAAGCAAAAAAUAUAAUAUUUUAUCUUGGUGAUGGAAUGUCUAUUCCAACAUUGAUGGCUGCUCGAACUUAUCAAGGUCAACUUGAAGGAAAAUCAGGCGAAGAAGGUCAAUUAUUUUGGGAGCAAUUUCCAUACUCUGGUCUAUCAAAAACAUGGUGUUUGGAUAAACAAGUUGCAGAUUCAGCUUGUACAAGUACUGCAUACAUGUGUGGUGUCAAAUCAAAGUAUGCAACACUUGGUAUCAAUGGCCAUGUUAAGCGUGGAGUAUGUUCAACUCAACUCAACAAAACAAAUCACGUUGAUUCAAUAUUAAAAUGGGCCCAAGACCAUGGUAAGUCUGCCGGAAUUGUAACAACAACUAGAGUAACUCAUGCAUCACCAGCUGGAGGCUAUGCUCACAGUGCUAAUCGUGAUUGGGAAAGUGAUAAUGACAUGCUUAAAAAAUCCAAGAAUCGUAAAACUAAAUGCAAGGACAUUGCAACUCAAUUAAUAACACAAGAUCCAGGAAAUAAAUUCAGUGUUAUAAUGGGUGGUGGUCGUAGGGGAUUUAUACCAAAAGAAUUGAUUGAUGAAGAAGGUAAAAGAGGUCAUCGACAAGAUAAUAUUAAUUUAAUUGACGAAUGGAAAAAAGACAAGGCUAAUCGAGGUUUAAAUUAUCUUUAUGGCUGGAAUAAAACAAUGAUUGAUGAAAUAAAUCAACACCCAGAAAAAUAUGAUUCUGUCUUGGGACUUUUUGAGUCGUCGCACAUGAAAUAUCACUUGGAAGCAUCACCUGAUACUGAGCCAACUCUUGCUGAAAUGACCGAGGCUGCAAUUAAAAUUUUAAGCAAAAAUAAAGAAGGAUUUGUUCUUUUUGUUGAAGGUGGUCGUAUUGAUCAUGCUCAUCACAGUACAUAUGCAACAAUUGCACUUGAUGAAACAGUUGAAUUGGCAAAAGCUGUUAAAGCUGGAUAUGAAGCAACAUCUCAAGAUGACACACUAAUUAUUGUAACAGCUGAUCAUGCACAUACAAUGUCUAUUGCUGGUUAUCCAAAACGUGGCAAUAAAAUACAAGGAAUGAAUUCAGCUCUUGAUGAUGAUGGUCUACCUUACAUGACACUCAGCUAUGCAAAUGGACCUGGCUACAAAUCACCAGAUAAUUCGGGAGAUCGUUAUGACAUAAGUCAUGAUGAUAUUGAUGAUGCUCGUUAUGAAUUUCCAUCAAUGGUUCCUUUAAGCUCCGAGACACAUGGUGGUGAUGACGUUGCUAUUUUUUCAACUGGACCUUGGUCACAUCUUUUCACUGGAACCAUUGAACAAAGUUCCAUUCCUCAUUUGCUAGCAUAUGCUGGAUGUAUAGCACCUAAAUCUCACUGUGACGAUGUUAAAUUUUAAUUUUAUUUCACAUAAAUUAAAUUAAGUAAAUAAUUUUUUUU